CUUCAUUCCUUCUUGUAAUUCGCUACAAUAUCAACGACUUUGUUGAAGAAAAAAAAUUGGAAAUUUGUGAAACUUUCCCGUUUGAUUUGAAUUUAAUAAAGAUUUGAACGCAAUGGAGUGCUGUUUAUCUGAGGAAGCAAAAGAACAGAAAAGAAUUAAUCAGGAAAUUGAGAAGCAGUUAAAAAAAGAUAAAAGUAAUGCUAGAAAAGAACUGAAGCUUCUUCUUCUCGGUUGUGGAGAAUCAGGAAAGUCAACCUUCAUCAAACAGAUGAGAAUUAUUCACGGCUCGGGUUAUUCUGAUGAAGAUAAGAAAGGGUUCUGUAAGCUCAUUUACCAGAAUGUGUUCAUGUCAAUCCAAUCAAUGAUCAAAGGGAUGGAACAGCUUGGCAUUCCAUAUGCAGACCCGUCUUGUACUGAAAAAGCUGAACUCAUUAAAGGUGAAGAUUUUGAAAUGGUUCAAACAUUUGAACCAACGUUUUCUAACGCGAUUAUGGACUUGUGGAAAGAUAGUGGCAUUCAAGCUUGUUAUGAUCGACGACGCGAGUAUCAGCUGACGGAUUCAGCGAAAUACUAUCUCGAUGACUUGCAAAGAAUUUCGGAAGCAGAUUAUUUGCCUACUGAACAAGACAUUUUACGAGCACGUCAACCAACAACUGGAAUUAUUGAAUAUCCUUUUGAUUUAGAUUCUAUCAUCUUCAGAAUGGUUGAUGUGGGUGGACAGAGAUCUGAAAGGCGAAAAUGGAUUCAUUGUUUCGAAAAUGUUACUUCUAUUAUUUUCCUUGCCGUUCUUAGUGAAUAUGACAUGACGUUAUUUGAAACGAACGAGAAUCGCAUGAAUGAAUCGUUAGCCUUGUUCAGAACGAUUAUUACUUAUCCUUGGUUUGCCAACUCUUCAAUCAUUCUUUUCAUGAACAAAAAGGAUUUACUUGAGGAAAAAAUUAUGACUUCACAUCUUGUCGAUUAUUUUCCCGACUUUGAAGGUCCCAAACAAGAUCAUGCUUCAGCUAAAGAUUACAUGCUUAAAAAGUUUUUGAAUGAAAAUCCCGAUCCCGAACGAACAUGCUACUCUCACUUCACUACAGCAACAGAUACGGAAAAUAUUAAAUUGGUGUUUUGUGCUGUUAAAGAUACAAUCAUGCAAAAUGCUUUAAAAGAAUUUAAUUUGGCUUAAAACUUUUAUUUCUUUCGUGUUCUGAAAAUGUAUUUUGAUGAUGAAAAAUAUUGGAAAUAAAGAGAAAUCUCGAGUGCAAUGAUGUUUUAAGUUUUUAAAAAUAUUCUAGUGCGU